CUCAUCUUCUCGUCAUCACGCCCCGGCGAGGAAGAGUUUGGGGAGAUGGAGUCGGUCGCAAGACUGUCCUCGCUGCUGGAAACAGCACGCGACCUCACUCUCGAGGCAGCCCGCGAUGCCGCUGUCCCACGCAAAUUCGCAACACGCGCCCUCCCUCCCCAGCAAAUCAAGAAGCUCCUCGACAGUCGAAACGAACGGGAUAUUCUCGAUGGUCUCCGCCGAGUCGUCGCCAUGCGCUACGCCUCCCCUCCGCAACCCACCCUUCCAUUCUUCCCCGCCGUCUUGAAAACACUCUCCACACCAUACCCCUCUACUCGACCCCUCGUCUACAACUACCUCGUACAUCAUGCCGAGCAAGAUCCUGAUACCGCCCUUCUCGCCAUCAACACCAUUCAAAAGUCGCUUUCCGACCCCAAUCCCGCGAUCCGAGCAAUGGCGUUGAAAACAAUGUCCGCUAUCCGUGUCCCCGUUAUCUCUCAAAUCGUUAGCCUGGCAAUCAAGAAAGGCGUCAGCGAUCUUUCGCCUCUGGUUCGAAAAGCUGCUGCUCUGGCAUGCGUCAAAUGCGUGCGCCUCGAUCCGAACACGAGACCGCUGGUGGAAGAAGCGCUGGCGACCUUGCUCGCAGACAAGCAGUACUUUGUGGUUGGCGCCGCUGUGCAGGCCUUUGCGGAAAUUUGUCCCACAAGGCUGGACCUUAUCCAUCCUGUCUAUCGAAGACUGUGCAAGAUGGUCGUGGACAUGGAUGAAUGGGGCCAACUAGCGGUGCUGCAUUUGAUGACCACCUACGCCCGGAACUGCUUCCCCCAACGGACCCAAAAAGUCAAGCGAGCUCAGACGAGAGAACAACAAUCUCGAGAUUUCUACGAAGACCUCGAGGACAAGCAAGAAGAAUACGAUGACGCGCCAUACCUGGACCCCGACCUCGACCUCUUCCUCAUCUCUAUCCAGCCCCUCUUGCAAAGCCGCAACUCCGCCGUCAUCGUCUCCGUCGCAAGAGCAUACCUCUACCUCGCACCGCCCACCCACAUCCACCACAUCAUCGGCCCACUCAUCGCCCUCCUUCGCUCUCCGCAAGACAUCCAGCAAAUCGCCCUCUACAACAUCGUGCAAGUCUGUCUGCAAAAACCCGAACUCUUCACCCCACAUCUCCGCCACUUCCUCAUCCACGCCACGGAAGCAUCGUCCAUCUGGCGGCUGAAGCUCGAAGUCCUCACCCUCCUCUUCCCCCACUCCAGCAAAGACAAUCAAGACUUGAUCCUCGCCGAACUUGACCACUUCUCCCGCGGACAAGACAUGGAGCUCGUGAGGGAGAGUGUGCGAGCAAUCGGUCGAUGCGCACAGUCUUCGUCCGCACAAACCUCUCGCCGUUGUCUUUCUCUCCUCCUCAAACAAGUCCAUUCUCCAGACGAGACUCUCGUCGGCGAAGCCAUCGAAGUCGUCCGCCACCUCAUCCAACGCGCGCCAGACGAGCACCGCAAAACCGUCGUCCGCCUGGCCAAGAACCUCGACACGCUCACCUCCUCCACCGCACGGGCGAGUAUCAUCUGGCUCGUGGGCGAGUUCGCCGGCUUCGAACCCGAGGACAAUAUCGCAGCGGAUGUCCUCCGGAUCCUAGUGAAGAAAUACGCCGACGAGACGAAUGAAGUGAAGGCGCAGAUUGUAUUGUUAGCGGCCAAAGUCUACCUACACCACCUCAACAACACAAGCGAAGCUCGCAAAGCGUUACAGGGAACCGACGAACCUACCACCGAAGACCCAGACGAAAGCCCCGUCACGCUCCUAUACCAGCACACCAUGCUCCUAGCGCGCUACACCCCCUCCUACGACCUCCGCGACCGCGCCCGCCUCUUCCGCGCCCUCCUAGCCAACCCGUCAAGCACAGAACUCGCCAGCCUCCUCCUUCUCGCCCCGAAACCGGUUCCCCAAGCCCCGUCGCCCAGCGAAGCGCGCAAGAUCUUCACGCUCGGGUCCGCGAGUCUGGUUGUUGGCGAGGGGCUGAGGGAAGACGAGGGGAUUCCGGACUGGAGUGAGAGUGAGGAGGAGAGCGAGUCGGGGGAGGAAGAGGAGUCAGAGUACGAGACCGACAGCGAGGAGGAUGAGAAAGCUGGACUGGUGAAGUGAAGUGAUGGACGUACGAGAUUUUCCAUCUCUUGCGGAAUUAUUGGCUGCCAGUCUACGUGAACAGACAAGGAAAUAUUUGUAGAAGAGGAUUCGAGACUGAGCAUGUUCUAGAUAAGGACGUCACGCUGGGAGCGCGA